CCCCACCAAACUUCCCCUCUCCAAGAAUCUUUUUAUACGCAUCUCUCACCAUUUCUCUCUCCUCUACCUAGGGUUCUUUCUCUCUCUAAUCUUCGUUUCAAUUCGUGUCAAAAAUCCUCUUAAAUCCUCUUCUCGUCAUUUAACAAGUGACAACUCCUCUCUCUUCAUCUUUUCUCGUCUCCAUUCAACGCAUAACCCACCCUUUUCCCUCUCCUUCCCUCUCUAUAAAAGGGUGGUUUCAGUUCUUUGGUCUUAUUCUCUUUGAGAGAGAGAGAGAGAGAGAGAGAGAGAGAGAAUGGAAGGAUUGGACGGUGGGGAUGGACUUGAUGAAAAUCCUGACCCCAACAAGGAAUUAGCCGAUGGGUCUUCAGUUGAUACCCGCUUUGAUGCGUCACAAUAUGCAUUCUUUGGGAAAGAUGUCUUGGAGGAAGUUGAGCUGGGGGGAUUAGAGGAUGAUGAUAGUCUUGGCUUAAUUGGAUUCGACGAUGAUGAGUAUCCGCUAUCCUCUCUUGGGGAUAGAGAAGAGGGUGAAGGUUUGGGGUCUUUAUCUGAUAUUGAUGAUCUUGCAAGUACUUUUAAAAAGCUAAACAAAGUUGUAAGUGAACCGAGGAACUUAGGAGUCAUUGGUGAUAGGAAAUCAGUUUCUAGAGAAAGUUCGUCUGCUGCAGAUUGGUCGCAGGAGGCUGACUUUUCAAGCUGGUUAGAUCAGUCCAUUCUAGAUAAUGAAACUCUCCAGGAAGGAAAAAGAUGGUGGUCCCAGCCCGACGUAACUUCUCCACGCCUUGCAGAAUCCAAACCGUUGUACAGAGCAUCUUCCUACCCUCAGCAGCAACCACAGCAACACAGCUCCAGUGAACCGAUCCUCAUGCCCAAGUCUUCUUUCACUUCCUACCCACCACCUGGGGGUAGGUCUCAAGCCUCGCCAAACCAUCCGCACCACCUGAACGGUCCAGCUCUUGCCGCGGCUCCCCAGAUGCCAUUCUCUGCACCAAAUCUGUCUCCUUUCUCUGGUCAGCUUCACCGACCAGCGGGCCUCCCUCAUGGGUUACAGUAUGGUGGAAAUGUCCCUCAGUUCCCCUCUCCAGGCAUCUCACUCAAUAGCCGUUCACAGAACCCGUGGCUGAACCAGGCGGGCCUACUUUCAGGGGAUCAUUCGAAUCUGUUGCCCAACUUGUUACAACAGCAAAUGCCACAUCCAAAUGGAUUGAUGCCUUCUCAGUUACUGGUAGCCCAACAGCAUCAGCAUAGAUUGCAGCAAAUGCAAUCGACUCUGGCCCACUUAUCUGCCGUGCAAUCUCAGCUAUUUAACCGACAGUCGUCUCUCUCGCAUUCAACAAACAAGUUUGAAGCGAUGUUUGGGGUGGCCGAUCCGAGGGAGUCGAGAUCGAAAUCAUCACAAAAAGGCAAGCAGAACCUGCGGUUUUCUCAUGCGAGUUCUGACACUAGUAGCCAGAAGAGUGAUAGCGGAUUCCUGCAGUUCAGAUCCAAGUACAUGUCGGCUGAAGAAAUAGAGAGCAUCCUGAGGAUGCAACAUGCCGCGACCCACAGCAAUGAUCCGUACAUCGAUGACUACUACCACCAAGCUUGCCUCGCAAAAAGCACCUCUGGGUCAAGGCUGAAACACCAUUUCUGUCCAUCCCACUUGAGGGAGCUGCCUUCUCGGGCCCGUGCUUCCAAUGAACCACAUGCUUAUCUUCAGGUUGAUGCACUUGGGCGGCUCCCGUUCUCUUCCAUCCGCAGGCCUCGACCUCUCCUUGAAGUUGACCCUCCAUCUUCUGCCUCCGGCGAUGGUGAAGAGCAGCCUCCUGAAAAGCCCCUUGAACAAGAGCCAAUGCUGGCCGCUAGGAUAACGAUUGAGGAUGGCCUCUGCCUUCUUCUUGACGUAGAUGAUAUUGACCGGCUUCUACAAUUCAGCCAGCCUCAAGAUGGCGGGUCCCAACUGAGGCGGAGGCGGCAGCUGCUGCUGGAGGGGCUUGCAGCCUCACUCCAGCUGGUGGAUCCGCUCAGCCCAGGCAAAGGUGGCCACUCGGUUGGGUUAGCCCCCAAGGAUGACCUUGUGUUCCUACGCCUGUCCUCCCUUCCCAAAGGUCGGAAACUUCUCUCAAGGUACCUGCAGCUCCUCUACCCUGGCAGCGAGCUUACUCGGAUUGUCUGCAUGGCCAUCUUCCGGCACCUCAGGUUCUUGUUUGGCGGCCUUCCAUCGGAUUCAGGUGCGGCCGAAACGACAAUGGGCCUUGCUAGGACAGUGUCUGCAUGUGUCCGUGGCAUGGAUCUGAGUGCUCUCAGCGCUUGCCUGGCAGCCGUGGUCUGCUCCCCGGAACAGCCGCCGCUCCGCCCGCUUGGGAGUCCUGCCGGUGACGGGGCGUCCAUCAUCAUAAAGACCGUCCUCGAGAGGGCCACGGACCUCCUAACUGAUCCGCAUGCUGCUGCCAGCUACAGCCUUCCCAACCGAGCCCUUUGGCAGGCAUCAUUCGAUGCGUUCUUUGGGCUGCUGACCAAGUACUGCCUUAGUAAGUAUGAGACUAUAAUGCAGGCUCUGCUCAUGCAGGCGUCAAAUCCAGCUGUCAUUGGGAUGGAGGAUGCCAGAGCGAUAAGUAAGGAGAUGCCAGUUGAGCUGCUGCGCGCGAGCCUUCCCCACACCAAUGAGCAUCAGCGUCGGCUGUUAUUAGAUUUUGCCCAGAGGACCAUGCCCAUCACGGGAUUCAAUGCAUAUGGCACGGGGCCAGUAAAUUCCGAAUCCGUGCCGGGUUAGGAUGCUUGCACAAUGUGGAUCUGAUGGCUUACAGACACCAUCUUGUAUGUGGAUUCUUCGUCUCUCAAGUUCUCUCACCUCGAUGCUUUCUCACAUCCAUCUGGCCCAAAAAUGGUAUGCUGCUAGGCAUGCCAUUGAAAGCUUUACGGGCUGUUUUAGAAUAGUGUAGGAUUUAGGGCCCAUUUGCAUACAAAAAUCCCAAUGAAGUUUUGAUCGAUUGCAGCUGCUGAUGGCCACUGAUGAUGUGGGGUACAGGGCUCCACAUUGUUGUUUCCGUUGUCAUUUUAUUUUUUUUCCUUAAAGAAGCCUUGCCACCGAUGAAAUCACAUAAAAGAAGCACAUCGUGUUUGUGGUGUUUAUUCCCACAAAAAUGGCAAAAGAAAUAAUGUUGUGUAGCCCUUGGGCCCACAUUUUUACCGGCCGUCGGAUGCUGAAAUGGAUCAAAAUAUGGUUUCGAUCUUUUCUAUGCAAAGCGGCUGUCAGUUACUAUAGAUUUGUUGUCUCGUGCUGAGUUAAAUUUUCUGCUUUUCAUCUUUCUUUUGACGACAUUGUAUCGUCCUUGGGUACCAUGUAUUAGAGGAUCUAUCUGAUACGCUGCAGAGGACAACUGCUCGGAUACAUGCGCAUAACUAAUAAACAUAUGGGUUUUAUGCAGCUCAGCCCAAACCGUUCA